AUGUUAUUAGUGUUCGUGUUAACCACGUGUCUGAGGGCAAUAUCAGCCUUGGAUGAUCUUUAUAUACUUGGCUUGUUCCCAUUUGAUGGAAUAGCUUGGCGUGGUGGUUACGGUAUGCUGACUAGUGCUGAGAUAGCUAUAGAACAUGUCAACAAACACGAUUACAUACUGCCUGGAUAUCGACUUAAUUUAAUAUAUAAUAAUACAAUGUGCGAUCCAGGUCAAGGUAUUAAAGUGAUGUAUGAUAAUCUGUACUCUCCACCGACCAAACUGUUAAUAAUUGGAGCUGGUUGUUCUCCAGUCAGUGAGGCUACAGCUCAAGCCUCCCACCUUUGGAACUUAGUACAGAUGUCCUAUGUUUCUUUAUCACCAUCACUGUCCGAUAAAUUAAGGUUUCCAUUCUUUUUCCGGACCACGGCUCCGGAUGUCGUCGUGAAUCCGGCAAGGAUCGACAUAUUUAAACAAUUCGGAUGGUCGCAGGUUUCCACCAUUCAUCAAUCGUUUGAGCUCUUCUCGACCGUAACCGAAAAUUUAAACGAGUUGAUGAAAGAGGCCAACCUUACCAUUGUUCGUUCUGAAAUUUUCACACAAGAUCCUGAAGUUCAAGUAAAAAAUUUGAUGGAAAACGAUGCCAGAAUAAUAGUCGGAGGUUUUUAUGCAGAUAAAGCCAGGAAGAUAUUCUGUGAGGCGUAUAAAGAAGGACUGUACGGUUCUAAAGUCGUCUGGAUAUUGGUCGGGUGGUAUGACGACGACUGGUGGAAAACCCCCGACCCUAAUGUGGACUGCACCGUUGAGGAAUUGUCGGCUGCUGUGGAAGGAUAUAUCGCAAUUGACCAUAUUUACCUCAAUCCUAAGAACACGCCCUCUAUUUCCGGUGUCACACCGGAAGAGUUCCAAACCAUAUUCAAUAACCGCACCAAUAACGAGAAUAUAUUUGGAAAGAAGUUGUCCCCCUUGGCGUAUGAUACCAUAUGGGCUAUAGCCCUUGGUCUCAAUGAAACCAUUGAAGAUUUAGCCAGAAACGACACACAGAAGAAUUUGACCGAUUUUACCUACACAGAUAGCGAGUUUGGUCACAUCCUGUUGGAAAAUAUGAAGAAGGUCAACUUCCAAGGAAUUAAGGGGCCGAUUUAUUUCGACGAGAACCACGAUGCUGUUUCCUUACUUCGAAUAGUUCGAAUACAAGGUGGUGUGAAAGAAACCAUUGGUAUUUACAAUCCAACACUAACAACUGAUGUGAAAAUAGAAUGGUUACCAGAGACACCUGUCGUCUGGGCAGGUGGUCUUCCACCAAAAGACUCAACGAUUGUAUAUUAUGAGACAGUGGUGCUGUCGUUCUCCAUAUACGUGGCCUUCUGUUGUAUAUCCGGUAUCGGUAUGGUCCUCGCCAUUGUCUUUCUUAUGUUCAACAUCAUGUAUAGAAACGCCAGGGUGGUAAAGAUGUCAUCCCCGAGGUUAAACAAUCUGAUUUUAAUCGGCUGUAUCUUGAUCUAUAUUACUGUAUUUCUGUAUAAUACAACAGAGAACCACUCCAGUCUUAUAUGUCAGGCCAAGAUAUUUUUGAUGACGGUGGGAUUUUCUCUAGCCUUCGGUGCUCUGUUCGCCAAAACUUGGAGAGUCCAUGUUAUUUUUACAAAUGCUACCAAACAGAAAAAGAUAGUCAAGGAUAUCCAGUUAGUGUUCAUGGUAUUAGGUUUAACUAGUAUAAAUUUGGUGGUCUUGAUAGUCUGGGCUAUUUUACAUCCCAUAAUAGUCGUAACCAACGAUUUACCAAAGGAGGUUAACGAAGUGGACGACUAUGAAAUAAGAAAAGACUACAGUGCCUGUACGUCAGAAAACGAAAUUUACUAUACUGGUACUCUGUUUGGAAUUCAGGGAAUUCUCAUGCUGCUUGGAGCAUUUCUGGCCUGGGAAACACGGAAGGUCAAAAUAGAAGCAUUAAACGACAGUAAGCUAAUCGGAGUGUGUAUAUAUAACGUCGUGGUUUUGAGUAUUUUAGGGGUGACCGUAUCCUUCGCCCUAGGGGACAAUAUAAAUCUACGGUACUCGCUAGAUUCGGCUGUUGUUUUGUUAGCAACGACUGUCACUGAAUGUCUAAUAUUCGUCCCGAAGGUAAGCAUAAAUUUAAUUUUUCGUUUAUUUACAUAA